GGCCCACCCUUUGAAACCUCUUUUUUGUAGUACUAAUUUAUUUGCUCGAGAUUUAUAUCUUGCUUUAAAUCGACUUGCGAUUUUUAAUCGCAGUUGUAGCAAACGGCUGUCUUUGCGGGGGUUAGACCUGUUUUAUAAUAUUUCGUUUGUUGCUGUAUGUGGAAGAAACGCAGCCGAUAGUUUAAUGAGAUUGAGAAUUUAUAUUUGGAAAGUAAUUUCAUUUAUACAAUCAGCUUUCCCAACAUCCGAUCGUUGCGCAACUAUUUGUGAUAUUUUUGUCUGUGUAUAGAUUUAUAAUGCAUGCAUUAUGCCUGUAACGCAUAUGUUAAAAGUUACAGAAUGAGGGAACUGGCAUCUCUGAUCGAGACAUGAAACGAAUGAGUAAAUAGAGGCGAUGCAAUAAUAUGAUCGAUGAUUACAAAAAAUAUGAUCAUAAAUAGGAAUUAAAUUCAUUAUCGUAUCGAAUUAUAAACUGCAACACCGGCUUUGUGUAGUAAUGUUAAGCUAUCAUUCGAUUAUGAUUACAUACGGUAACGAAGUUAGUUCUUGAUUGUCGAUUUUACUAUUAGGUUGUCCCAUAAGUUUCUUCCGCACCACACUACGAAUGACUCUAGCUGGCUGUGUUUAUAUAAACACGCAGGCUUAUCUCUUGGCCGUUUAGGGCAUCGGUUUCAGUCGUCCCAGAGCUCUUUUAAAGUACGUUUCAUUGGUAACAAAGUCUCUUAGAAAUCUUUUCUUACGCCGUUCAAUAUGGAUAGCCAAAAGAAGCAUUUGCGGCAUGUUAUGCUUCAUUGCUUUAAAAAAGAUAAUAGUGCAAAGGACACUGCAGACGAGACUUUGCACCGUUUACGGGAGUGGUACUACGACUAUUAGGACCGUCCGCAAUCGGUUUAAGAGAUUUAGAGCUGGCAAUUUUGACUUGAAAGAUGAAGACCGCAGCGGCCGCCCAGCAACGAUGGAUACGGAAUUUUUCAAGGCUAUGCUCGCUGAAAAUCCUCGAUAUUGUGUGCGCGAGUUAGUGGAUGCCACUAAUAUUCCCAGGACAACGUGUCAUAUGACGCCUCAUCUACAACGUCAGAAACAAUCCAGCGCGGCCGUGGGAGGAGACGUAGAGCGGAGUGAGGAGAUCGAUGAGGAAUCGACUGCUCCGCUUGGCUGCAGGUAAUGUUAGUUACACUUGUUACC